GCCCUAUGGAUCUGUUGGUGCUGUUCUGCUGUAGCUGUCUGUCCUUUUGUUCGGCAGCUACACAGUGCCAUGACAACCAGCACUGCUCAGACUGUGACAUCACGACAGGCUACUGCAUCACAGACUGUGACCGUGGAUACUACGACCAGAAAUGCAAGUCUGUUUGCAGCAAGAACUGUAGAAAUAACACGUGCAUUACUUCAAACAGUGGUAGUGAAAAUUGCACCGACGGCUGCGUCGUAGGAUACCAUGGCAGUGGGUGCAACAUACCAUGUGACAGUCCAGGAGGGAGCUGUACAGCAUGUCCAGGUGGUUGUGAUGGAAUAUAUUGUCAGCUGGGCUCAUCCUGUGUGUCUGGAUGUGUAGACUCCUACUAUGGGUCUGGCUGUACGAGUUGUUCAUUUAUGUGCACGUCAUGUAGCAGGUUGACGGGGAUAUGUGAUGAUAAGUCGGGUCAGUGGAGAUACAUUGCAUUGGUGGCUUCAUCAGUGGUAUGUGUAUUCUGCAUCAUCAUGGUAGUUGUAGCCUACAUCCUGAACCUUUGGGAUAAAGGACAGUGAGUUUGAGAUAAUAUGUCUUCAGUGUGUAUGUGUGUGUAUUCUGCAUCAUCACGGUAGUUGUAGCCUACAUCCUGAACCUUUGGGAUAAAGGACGGUGAGUUUGAGAUAAUAUGUCUUCAGUGUGUAUGUGUGUGUAUUCUGCAUCAUCACGGUAGUUGUAGCCUACAUCCUGAACCUUUGGGAUAAAGGACGGUGAGUUUGAGAUAAUAUGUCUUCAGUGUGUAUGUGUGUGUAUUCUGCAUCAUCACGGUAGUUGUAGCCUACAUCCUGAACCUUUGGGAUAAAGGACGGUGAGUUUGAGAUAAUAUGUCUUCAGUGUGUAUGUGUGUGUAUUCUGCAUCAUCACGGUAGUUGUAGCCUACAUCCUGAACCUUUGGGAUAAAGGACGGUGAGUUUGGGAUAAUAUGUCUUCAGUGUGUAUGUGUGUGUAUUCUGCAUCAUCACGGUAGUUGUAGCCUACAUCCUGAACCUUUGGGAUAAAGGACGGUGAGUUUGAGAUAAUAUGUCUUCAGUGUGUAUGUGUGUGUAUUCUGCAUCAUCACGGUAGUUGUAGCCUACAUCCUGAACCUUUGGGAUAAAGGACGGUGAGUUUGAGAUAAUAUGUCUUCAGUGUGUAUGUGUGUGUAUUCUGCAUCAUC